CGAGCAGCCCUGUAGGGGAGAUACCGAGGGUUUGUCAUACAGCAUCAUGAUUGCUGAAUACAGUAAUUCUUCACUGACUGAAAUGCAAUCAUUAUCUUUUUUUCCAGCCACUUUCAUGAUUUCAUAUUUAUGUAUCGGUCUAACAUUCCUUUUAUUCUGAAGCAACUCAUUGUGUUUGGCAGUCAGACACUUCCAAUUAUAUUCUUAGGCUGGGAAAUCAAUAAUAGGCAGAGUCAGUUUCUCAAUUAUCCCCGGCUGGAGCAAUCAGUCACUAUUACUGUUUGUGAUUCACAGCAUGAGGGAGCAGUUGCAGGCUUGCAGCAGAAAAAUAAUGUCAGGUUUAGGGUUCACUAACUAAACACUGUUUAUAAAAAAUAGAGAUCUAUUAGACCAUUUACAGGCUAAUGUAUAUGCAUGGACAUGGCAGCAUCAAACCACAGUUAUUGCUGUAUAGAGUAUAGAGUGAUUGCUGAAGGAUUAAAAAUGUUUUACUCUGUGCUGGUGCAUUUAUAUAUUUGGUCUGUAGGUGGCAGGGUGCUACAGCUGGCUGGAGCUGCAUUUUUCCUAUCAGGAAGGCAAUAAGAACUGUUAAACUGGAGGGGGUUAAAUGGGUCCAAGUGGGUGCAGUAACAAUAAAGAUGGAACUAACAGGGUUAUGGGAAUCAACUGAACCCAGCAAAUAAAAUUAAAGCAACUAUGUAGCAUCUGCUUAAAUCAGACAACACUGCUAAACAGCAUCCCUGCCAAGAGCUGCCUACCGAGAACUACAUCUCCCAGCAUGCCCUGCCAGAGAAUGCGAACAUACGGUCAGGGGGUCUCUGCUGGAGGACACUUUGAAGACAUGGUCUCAGUAUAAACAAGACUGCAUGAAACGGCUGGAAGUUGAGAGGGGCCUGCUAACUGGUGUUCAUUGCAAUGGAACAUUUGAUCAAUUUGUCUGCUGGCCUCACUCUCGUCCUGGAAAUGUAUCUGUUCCAUGUCCCUGGUAUCUCCCUUGGAUUCAGCCAGGAAGCGCCGGUCUUGUAUACAGAUUCUGUUCUGACGAGGGAGUUUGGCAAAGGUUGGAAAACUCAACAAGCAUUUGGCGGAAUGACAAGGAAUGUACUGAAAAUACUCACUUCAAACCAACUGAAAAAGAAUAUGCCUUGAUUUCUGCUCUACAAAUCUUUUAUACUGUUGGAUUUUCCAUAUCACUUGGGGCACUGGUUCUGGCACUUGUUAUUCUCAUUAUAUUCAGAAAACUUCAUUGUACAAGAAAUUAUAUCCACAUGAACCUGUUUGCUUCCUUUAUCAUGAAAGCGUUGGCUGUCCUCAUAAAAAAUAUUGUCAACAAAAAUACUUUCUCAAAAAGGUAUACGGAUGAAAUCGGUUGGAUGUCCUUUUAUACGCCAGAGAUGACUACCUCGUGCAGAGUUGCUCAAGUCCUCAUGCAUUUUUUCGUGGGGGCAAAUUACUAUUGGCUCUUUGUAGAAGGCAUUUACCUCCACACGAUCCUAGUUACCGUAGUGCUUUCAGAGAAGGGAUUGCUGCUGAAAUAUCUUUUCAUUGGCUGGUUAUUUCCACUCCUCUUUGUUAUACCCUGGGUAAUAGCAAGACUAUACUAUGAAAAUAUCAGAUGCUGGGGAAUGAAUGAAAGUCCUGGAAUCUGGUGGAUAAUCCGUGGGCCAGUGCUGCUUUGUAUAUUGAUCAAUUUUCUUAUAUUUAUCAAAGUUUUGAAACUCCUGUACUCCAAACUGAAAGCUCAGCAAAUGAGGUACACGGAUUGCAAGUACAGACUGGCGAGAGCCACACUCGCAUUGAUACCACUGCUGGGGAUGCACCAGGUUGUCUUCAUGUUUAUUACAGAUGAGCAGGUAGAGGGAGUGACGCGACAUAUCUGGCUCUUCAUUCAGCUGACAUUUGGCUCAUUUCAGGGAUUUCUGGUGGCCACAUUCUAUUGUUUUACCAAUGCAGAGGUACGUACAGAGCUGCGGAAACAAUGGAACCUCUUCCUGUUACAUUAUUUUCCAUGCAAAAGCUAUUUCAUUGACAACACGGUCAAGUAUCAGUCAAAAAGUUCAAAACCCCCAAGGAACAAGAUCAUCAGAAAAAAUGGGUUCUACCAAGAAGACAAGCGUCCCAGUAGUGUUCAGCUUCUUAAUGUGAAAGUCAACGUGAUUAAAGAUUUGAACCCACAACGACCUGUCCAGUAUUUUGCAAGAGGAAGUGUGUCAGAGAGUAGUGACGGUGGUUUAACAAUGGGUGAAACAAUAGAGGAGACCUUUGAAGAUCUAAAAUCCAAUGACUUUCAGAUUGAUGAUUCUGUUAUUUUAUGAACCAACUGAACUGAAAACCAUCGGGGGAAGCCUUCUCUUCUCUACCUUCAGUGAAAGUUCAUGACACAAUCUAGUGGUAUCCUCAUAAAGAUCCUAGGUUUACUGUAUGAAUUGAUCACCACUUUAACCAAUAGUAAGUGAUGAAUGGUGAGUAAACCCACUUUGACUAUAAAACACAGGAUCUUUAAACCAACACACAGUUACAAAUAUGAAGUCUUCCAGCCAGUGUGUGAAGCAAUGGUAACACAUUUGUGCAAUGUUUCUUAAAGGACUACUGAACUGGUUCAGUGAUUUAUUUGUACCAUUGUCCAUAUCAAAAACCUUAGAGAUCUAUGUUGUGGUCUAUUUUAUUAGCUGGAGAAUGCACAGCAUGUAUAGAAAUGAAUCAAAGUACGUCAAAACCAUCUGUCGACUUUCAGGUGCUAGAACAAAAGUAUUGAUGGUAUCUGCUCAACUAUCACAAGUUACAGUAAUGUUUUGUUUUUAAAAGCCACAGGUACCAAUGACCUUAAAGUUGACGCCUAGGAGGCCUAUUUAUAAAACUUCAAGAACAUGUAUUUUCCACAAUUCAAGAAAAUCGUUGCCAAAAUAAACGGUCUACGUUUUUUCAAUUCAAGUUUUCCAAAUUCUAAUUUUCAGGUUUUUUCAAUAAAAAAAAAACCUUGGCAACCACCAUAUAUAAAAGUCAAUGGGGCACAAUGGCACCGGAGACUUAUUAAAACAGAAAAUCUAUAUGUUUAGCUAGAAUCUAGCAUAUUUAUGUAAAAAAUGGAAUACAGAAAUUUGAUUGCAUUAAGUUAAUGGAAAAAAAAUGAAUUUCAAUGAAAAUUGCAUUUUUUAAAAUUCUAUUACAAUAAUAAAAUCUGUUGAAUGUUGAAAAUAUAGCCCACAUUGGGGCUCGUUUAUAAACACUGGGCAAAUUUGCACCUGGGCAAUAACCCAUAGCAACCUAAGGUCCUAUGAUCAAACGGUUUACACAAUUCAAGAAAAUUGUGACAAAGUGAUUUUUUAAAUUCUUAUUUUACAAAUUUAAAAUUCUGUUAAAAAAAUUGCAAAAUAAAACUGGCAAGCUUUAUUUUUAUAAGUCUAAUUUUUAAAAGUGAAUGGAAAAUGCAUUUUUUUAUUGGAAUCAAAAUUUUAAAACACAAGUUAGCAUGAUGGAGUUUUUCAAGUUUCUAGUUCUCCGCAAAUAUGCUAGUAAUUUUGAAAAAAAUUUUUGCGAUCAAGUUUGGAAAAAGCUAGUCUAAAACUGAUAAAUCCUUAUAUGAAAUGUCCAUACUGUGUGUGUGCCUUGUGAUGUUUGUACCCUUCAUCAUGGGUUUAGCAGUUUACUGUUUGUUGUUCAGAUGGGAAUUUUAUAUGAAGGGUGUUUAAUAUUGUUAGUGCCUGAACGUUCCAACAUUAUUGGGGCACCCUUUCUAAAUCUGCCAUGGUCUCUAUAUUGCCAUUAUUGGAAAAAUCAUCUCCAAUGAUGUGGAUGAAAGCUAAAAAACAAGAACUGUUAUUAAUUCCAGUUUCAUGAUUUUUUUUUUUUAUUUCAGCUUAUUUUAAAAGUUUAGAUAAAUGAAAAGGGAAGUGUCACCCUUUUUCACAAAAAGAUACUUUGCAGGGCUUUUCCAGCUAAUUAAAAUGAAAGCUCCAGCAUCUCCUGCUGCUAGUAAAUUCACUAACUUUCCUAGAAAUGUUAAUUUAUGGUCCUUAGAAAAUAAAGAUCUGCAAAAGGACACCACCACUGGACACCAUUCAAGCCACAAGCAGAUAGAUCCCUUGUCUGCUGGUAGAUCACUUCUAGUACCUUAUACAUUCUAAACAAAUAAUAAUAUACAACAUAUAUAUGUUAGCUCUCAAUGUGCUUCCUUUGUUAUUAGAGCUGAAAAUGUAUAUACAUUAAGAUGAUGUACAAUAUUAAAGAAGUAUAUAAUGUCUAAAAUGUAUAUAUGGCAAAAAGGACACACCUCUGUGUAUUUCAUUAUUAAACUGUGAAUAUGUAAAUGUUAAAUUGAAUUCAACUAUAUACGUAUAUGUAAUAUAUAUAUAUAUUUAUAUAUAUAUAUAUAUAUAUAUAUAAUAUGUUGAUAUACAAUCAUUCUAUUUGAAAAUCUUCCCAUAUAUCUUCAGAAAUAAUGCUUUUUACCAGCCUUGGACAGUUCUCAUUCUGAUAAUUGACAUCCAAUCCAGGAGUGGAACAGACAUCACCAAUACAGCUGUGCAGUUCUGCCAUUUCUGGUUCUACUACAGGGGAACAGUUUUGGUUUUUCAAAAGGCAGGAUGGCUGUGCACUGGCGCUACGGGGUAAAUUGUCUGGAGAGGGUUUACUUCUUAUCUGUUGAUGAUUAUUUAGAAGAGUUGGGGUUUUAAGGGAAUGAGAAGAUAAGUAUUUUUUUUUAAAGGCACAGAAACCACAGACAUUUGUUGUAGAAGUGAGAAGUCCGAUACAUGUAUCUGUUAGUACAGGCCAAAUGUCAGCCUGAACCUUGUACAUGUGGUCAAGCAAUAUGGUCCAUGUUUAUUAACAAAAAAAAUGUUUUUACUGUGCAAAUCAGCACAAUACACAGCACUGUGUAAUUAUUGCCAAACACUGCAUCAGUUGGUAAAAAUAUGACCUUGUUUAUAGGUCUCCCAGUUAGCUGUACUAGUUGAUGGGUCACUUUCCAUUGGCAGCAAUGCAAAGUAACGCAGUGUUCCUUAGCCUUUAAACUAAAAGACCCAUAUUGUCUACCCCUGUAUUUGCCCCACCUGCUGUUGCUUGUUCCUCGUGAGUAUUUCUUUGCAUAACAAUAACAAAUUAUGCUUUACAGUUCACAGAUCAGUUUUCUAGCACAACUAAGAUUAAAAAGAAAGGUUAUGGUUCCUUUGAACAAAUGUUUUGCUAUAUUCAGAUCAAAAACAUUACUAUUUGUAUAUUAGCCACAUGUUUUGUAAUCAAAUUUUAAUAAAAAAGUGUA